AUGCAAACUCUGACGUUCCCACAGAUGAUUCAUUGGUUUACGGCUGCUGUCAACCGCGAAUCACCCGAGACACACUGUCUGUUGCGGUGUAUCAUAGACGGUCUCGGCCACGCCGAAAAGGGGAUGGGAUUGCGGGAUGUGUAUGCGCGCGCACUGAGCGCAUUUCUAGAGUGGUCCAUCAAACAGACAGACAAUAGCAGUGUAGAAAAGACAUCACGACAGCUAGUCAACGUAAAGCACACACUCAAGCAGCUGCACAGUAUGAUGAACCAUGCCGAG